AUGUACGAGGGUGUUGUUCAAUCUUCUGCAAAUUCUGGGUUUUGUUUUCCUGAUUUUGUUGUUGGUUCAUCAACAGCAUCAUCAUCUUCUUCAUCAGUAAACCCUUUUGAUCAUUCACGUUUUUCAACGCCAAAACCCCAUUUUGUAGAUCAAUUUUAUGUGGGUCAUAAUAUACCAGAUUCUUCUUACUAUAGAAGGGUUAACAAUGGUGGUGUUGUUGGUGGUGGGGUAAUGGUGGAUGAGCUUGGUUUAACAGCAGAUUUUCAGAAGUUAAGUAUUGGAAAUUCUGAUGUUGUUGGACAAUUUCAUAGAGAUUCAGAUGUUUUUACGGGGAGUGAAUGUAAUAUUGGGGGGAUUAAGGGAGGGGGUAAUCUAGCCGAUUCGUUCGGGUCGAAUUCAGGUUAUGCUGCUAUGCAUGGUCAUCAUAACUAUUUGAUUAAUUUUCCUUUGGAAGGGAUGAGUCAGAUAGGAGAUGAGUGUUAUGGGAAUGGUGGUGUACCAUUACUUAGAGGAAAUAAGUAUUGUGAUCCAUUGCCUGUGUAUGGAAGUGGUGAUUUUCGAGGUAAUGUUUCGAUUCCGAGGGGAGGUGAAUGUAACAGUAAUGGAGGUGUGAUUCCAAGUGAAAAUGUAGGGUAUGGUAAUGGAAUGUUUGAGUCUGGAUAUGGCCCUCAUGUGAUGGAUGGCUGCAAGGAGAUGUUGAAUCCUUGGGGAAAUUCACAGAAUUUGUCUAUGUAUAAUAAGCCUGGUUUGAAUGAAGCUUUGUUAGAGCAAUAUGGACGGCAGUAUCCUGGCAAUGUGGGUAGCCUAAGUUCCGUCGAUCCCUCUCAGUUAAUGUAUUCUAAGCAGGGUUUAAGUAGGGGAAAUGUAUUUUAUAACUCAAUGAGGGAAAAGAUGAGGGCUGUUGAAGAAAGGGAGCGUCCUUUGCCUGUUACUUUGAUGAGAAGGACAAGGAAUCUCGAGUCCUAUGGUUCUGAAAGGACUUCGAUCUUACAAGAUAAGGGAUUUAAUGGAGCAAUUGGUAAGAAUUGUCAAUUAGGUGGUCGUACGAAGAAUCUGCUUAGUGGUAACACAGUGCAAAACAUUGGGGAGAGGAACUUUGAACUUAAUGUUCCAUUGCAGACUGAAAGAGCUUGUGAAAAUGGUAGCCAUGUGCUUAGCUUUGAUCCUUUGGUGCUGCAGGCUCUAUAUAAGUCAUUGGUUGAGGUUCGGGGUAGGAUUUAUCACAUGGCAAAAGAUCAACAUGGUUGUCGCUUCCUGCAGAAGAAGUUUGAUGAAGGGUCAUUUGAAGACGUGCAACUCAUUUUUAAUGAAAUUAUUGACCAUGUUGUUGAGCUGAUGAUGAAUUCCUUUGGAAAUUAUCUAAUCCAGAAAUUGUUGGAUGUCUGCAAUGAUGAACAAAGAAUGAGGAUUGUACAUGUGGUGACCAAAAACCGUGGAGAACUUGUCAAAAUUUCUUUGAAUACACAUGGUACACGAGUGGUGCAGAAAUUGAUCGAGAGCCUUAAAUCAAGGAAGCAGAUCUCAUUGGUUAUUCGAGCUCUUGAACCAGGAUUUAUUGAUCUUAUUAAGGAUCUUAAUGGGAAUCAUGUUGUCCAGCGUUGCUUGCAAUGCCUUAGCAGUGAUGAUAAUAAGUUCAUCUUUGAUGCGGCUGCAAAGUUCUCUGUUGAGAUUGCUACUCAUCGGCAUGGGUGUUGUGUUCUUCAACGUUGUAUUUCUCACUCCACUGGUGAACAUCGGCAGAAGUUGUUAGAACAAAUAUGUAGCAAUGGCCUUAUUCUUGCUCAAGAUCCUUUUGGAAACUAUGUUGUGCAGUACAUCCUCGAGCUAAAAAUUCCAUCUGCGGCAGCACAGCUGGUUUCUCAAUUAGAAGGGAACUUUGUGCAUCUCUCCAUGCAGAAAUUUAGCAGCCACGUGGUUGAAAAAUGCUUCAAGUUUUAUGAGGAAAGCCAUGCAAGGAUUGUGUAUGAAUUGCUAUCAGUUUCUCAUUUUGAGCAACUUGUGCAGGAUCCUUAUGCUAACUAUGUCAUUCAGUCAGCACUUGAAAACACCAAGGGUACUCUCUAUGAGUCAAUUGCUACAGCUGUUCGAUCUCACUCGAUGCUACGUACCAACCCAUACGGCAAGAAGAUUUUCAGCCGAGGGUUGCUGAAGAAGUGAGAUGAGAAGGAAGCUUUUUUGUGUGUUGUUUUCUGCAGUAAAGAAUGUUGUUUGUUACUUCUACAAUAACCAAACUUUGUGAGUCUUACUUACAUUAAUCCGCUUCGUGUUAGCUUUUUAGCUAGAGAAAUCUUAUAUGACCUCAUGGUCUCAUGGGCAUGUACAUCGUCGUUUUUGGAUCCCUGAUUCCCAUGAAGCUGUUCGGGUGUAAAGGAAUUUUUGCUGCUCUCAGACAGAAAGAUUUGAGGUGUAUAGAUCAGAGCUUACUUAGCUGCUGCUUUUCUUGUUGAUGACUUCAGGGCAGGCUGAAGUUUUAGUUACUAUUUUCUUUUACUCAUGAAACAAUGAACAAGUCUUUUUUAGGGUUGUAAAAAUGUGUGUUUUUGUGACAUUUUCAAGCUAAAAUUUAGUCUUUUUGACGUUGAACGUAGUGAUAUUAUAUGGUUUGCAUGGCCAACUUGAUACUGUAUAUUAUAUUAGGUACUUGAGGGCCAUAAUAUGGCGCUUAGUACGUUGAAUAUAAUGCUGUAAGUCCUGUAACCAUCAUUAUGGAUGGGCUCCAUUAACUACCCUUUUUUUUUUUUUUUUUAUUUUGGUUUUGUCAUUGUACGUCCCAAGUACGAGGUCAACCAUUUUCACAUUGAACUUAUUUUACAGUAUAUACUGCCUCAUUUCUUUAGACGAAUGGAGUAGAGGAGUCAUGUAGCUUUGGUAAAAUGAUAUGAGCACCGUUGAGCCGUCCACGGUCUAUCUUUGUGGUCGCGGGAUCUUACUACAUGAUUUUGUUAUUCAAGGCUAUCUUAUGAUAGAAAAUGGAUUUAUUAUGUAUUUAUGCUUCUUAUAAAGAGUUGUUCUCUAUAUA